AUGGAUUUUAGCUCCCAGGCUUUCGAUGAACACUUGCAAGGCCAUCCAAGAGUUCAUGAAAAUGGACGUGAAAAUUAUGAGCGCAAUAUCAAGUCCUCCAACUGGUAUUCUCAUAGCAGCAGACCAUCUGAGUUUAAAUCUGAUGCUCCAAGAGUUCAUGAGGAUGGGCGAGAGAAUUAUGAGCGCACUGUCAAACCCUCCAACUGGUUUACUCAUGACACCACACUUCCGACGUUUAAACCUGAAGCUGCAAGAGUUCAUGAAGAUGGACGAGAGAAUUAUGAGCGCAGUAUCAAACCUUCAGGCUGGUAUACUGAUAACAGCCUAUCAAAUGAGUAUAAACCCGAUGUACGCCUCCGUUCUGACACUGCCAGAGAUAUUGCUGUAAAGAACCGCGGCUGUAUGCAAGAUAAUCUUCAAGGGUAUGCAGACCCACCAGUUGUCAAAAGCAUACAUCCUCGAGGCAUUAAACCAGAAGCACGUAGAAUUGCUGAAGUGAAUAAAGGCCUAGAGUUGAAAUGUCUCCUGGAUAACUAUGGUAAAUUAGCGAAUGAGCCAAGACCUGGCCCCAAGGUAUAUGGCUCAGAAGCAGAGGAAUACAAAGAAAGAGAGCAUGGUUCAACCAAAUUCUUGUUAAAUCAUUUUAGCACGGACCCCAUUCCUGUAUCAGAGAUGCCUCCUCCACACAGGCUUAGGUUAGGAGGAGAAGAGAUUGCUGAAAAACAUAAGGGGGAACAGAUGGGCCCCAUCAUGAGAUUAGAGGGCAAAAGGACACCAAAAGAACCCAAAAUAAGUCGCCUGCAUCAGGAAUCAACUGGCAGUGGCUGGGAUGAAGCACCUCCACAUCACCGUAUUCGACCUGAAGCUGAGCAAAUCGCACAGAAGAACAGUGCUGACUCCAUUAAUGAGAUCAUUCUACAGAAUGGUUUCACCCCUCCUCAGAGAAAGGCAGCUAAGAUUUUGAAACACCUGACGGAAUCUCCAACUACUCGGAAGACACCUCCUCACAGAGUCCGCCUGGAUGGAGUUGAGAUCAUGGAGAAAGCUAUGAACCAAACAGAAAUGUCAGCCAUCAUGCAUGGAUGUCCCAAAUCUUUGCUUCUUAGUGGCCAGAAAGUUGUGCCUCAUCUGCAGAAAUCACAACUUUGGUGA